GGAAGGCGGGGCGGCUCGGGCCAAGAUGGCGCCGCGUUUGUGAGGCGCCGCGCGUCCCGCGCAGGAUUAUUGUCCAGAAGAGUUUACACCUUGCUUAAAAAGAGAUGCCUGCUGCCUGUGAUUCAGUGCUCGAAGAUAUUGAAGAUAUUGUGUCAGCACAAGAUGUGAAGCCCAGUGAUUGGCGAUACGUAAGAAAGAAUGUUUUUCCCAAAGUGCGGAAGCGCAGUUCGCAGCAAAGAACUCAGACAGAUGAUGAUCCUCCACAUGACAGUGUGAUUCCUGGUAUUCAGAAAAUCUGGAUUCGUACAUGGGGAUGUUCUCACAAUAAUUCAGAUGGUGAAUAUAUGGCGGGACAGCUAGCUGCAUAUGGAUACAAAAUUACAGAUAACUCUGCUGAAGCAGAUUUAUGGUUGCUGAACAGCUGUACAGUAAAAAAUCCAGCUGAAGACCACUUCAGAAACUCAAUCAAGAAAGCCCAAGAGGCGAACAAGAAAGUGGUUCUAGCAGGCUGUGUUCCACAGGCCCAACCUCGUCAGGAUUACCUCAAAGGCUUGAGUAUUAUAGGGGUUCAGCAGAUAGAUCGUGUAGUAGAAGUUGUGGAGGAAACUAUUAAAGGUCAUUCUGUGAGACUGCUUGGUCAGAAAAAGGAUAAUGGAAAACGUUUGGGGGGAGCACGACUGGAUUUACCAAAGAUCAGGAAGAAUCCACUUAUAGAAAUCAUUUCCAUCAAUACAGGGUGUCUCAAUGCAUGUACUUACUGCAAAACUAAGCAUGCCAGAGGAGAUCUAGCAAGCUAUCCCAUUGAAGAACUAGUGGAUAGAGCCAAACAGUCUUUUCAAGAGGGUGUUUGUGAGAUAUGGCUGACCAGUGAAGACACAGGGGCUUAUGGCAGAGACAUUGGCACAGACCUCCCUACACUUCUGUGGAAGCUGGUUGAAGCUAUUCCUGAGGGAGCUAUGCUGAGGCUUGGCAUGACAAAUCCUCCCUAUAUUUUAGAGCAUCUGGAGGAAAUGGCAAAGAUUCUCAAUCAUCCGAGGGUGUAUGCUUUUCUGCACAUACCAGUCCAGUCAGCCUCUGACAGUGUGCUCAUGGACAUGAAAAGAGAAUACUGCGUGGCAGACUUCAGACAAGUAGUGGAUUUCCUUAAAGAAAAAGUGCCUGGAAUAACAAUUGCUACAGACAUCAUCUGUGGUUUUCCAGGAGAGACAGAUGAAGAUUUUCAAGAAACUAUGAAACUUGUAGAACAGUAUAAGUUUCCAAGCUUAUUUAUUAAUCAAUUUUACCCACGCCCAGGAACUCCUGCUGCAAAAAUGCAUCAAGUUCCAGCUGCAGUGAAAAAACAAAGAACAAAGGAUCUGUCCCAGCUGUUUCAUUCAUACAAUCCAUAUGAUCAUAAGGUUGGAGAAAGGCAGAGAGUUCUGGUGACAGAAGAAUCCUUUGAUUCCAACUACUAUGUUGCUCACAAUCCAUUCUAUGAGCAGGUUCUGGUGCCAAAGGAUCCUGUGUUAAUGGGUAAAAUGGUAGAAGUGAAUAUUUAUGAAGCUGGGAAACAUUUUAUGAAGGGGCAGCCUGUGUCAGAUGCCAGAGUUUAUGCUGCAUCCAUCACAAGACCAUUAGCAAAAGGAGAAGUUUCUGGUUUAACAGAGGAGUUCAGGCAUGCACCACGGAAUGGCACAAAGUGGAAAGCACAUCCAUCCGCUGAGAUCCCAGUGAAAGCACCACUCAUCCCCUGGAUGGCUUUGCAUCUCCCAUGGCACCAAGAAGGAAGUGGACUGAAGAUACUGUCUGUCAGCCUGGCUCUACUGGCAUUUCUUGCUAUGGUUUACUAUGGAGGAAUUAAAAGAGAAUUGUGAAUUGAAUGCAGCUUUCAUAAAAAAAUAAAAUAAAAUUGCUGUUUAAAAUCUUCCAGGAAUACACUUAGACGAACAAUUCUCUCUCUCUUAAAAAGGUAAAAAGUGAUAUAAAUUGGGCAAUAAUUUGUACUCACCCUAUGCCUUUCCUGUCAUUCAUAGGAGAGAAUGCUAAUAAGCUCUGGGAGACCUGAAGUUUGAGAUCUUUGUUUGGCAGAGAAGUUUAUUGUAUCUUUCUUCCUCUUCGUUUUUCUAAAAUGAUGCAAUGUUUGCAUUGCUUACUCUUUUUGUAACUGCCGUGGCAGGUUGAAUUGUGUGCAGAAAACUCAUAAAGCUUUUAAUAAAUCUUUCAAUUGAGUGUUGUUGCUAAUCUUUUAUGUGCAGAACAUUUAUAGCUUCCUUAAAGAUUUUGCUUAAUGCAGUGUGAUAUGUAUCUUUUUACAUUAGAAUCAAACACUGCUCAGCCAUUAAAAUUCAUCAUUUGUUGCUAUUGAUUUUGUUCUCCUGUCUGAAAGAAUUCUUGGUCUGCCAUCUUGCCUGUCAACUUCAGAAGGAGUUACUAAGCUUUGUUGAUACAGCAAAAAUCAUUUUUUUAUAAAGACAGUUGUGUGGUUUUUUUAUUGUUGAAUGGGAAUUCCAGUGGUAGAGUUCUAAAGGGUGGGUUUAAUACAAUCUCCAUAGACAGUAUAGUGCUCAGAGAAACAAAGGUGAAUCUCAUAUUAGCUGUGUUCUAGAUCAUAUUGUGUGUAAGACAAUAUUGCUCCUUCAGUGGGGAAGCUACCUUUUGCUCAUUCCAAAUCUCUAAUUACAUCCUUCAAGCCAUUUUUGUCACUACAGGGUCUCUGUGCAUCUCAGGUUGUGCUAUUCAGUCAGGGACUGAAGUCUUCCCAGCUGUUAUAUACAUGAAAUUGUUGUUUUGCUCAGCCCUUGUCACCUUUAUAGAUCUUCAUCCAAACUACCACUUGCAAAGCCUGCUUUAAAUCUUAAAGCAUGAAGAGUGUUUCCAGCAUGUUAGUGUGGAACUGAGUCUGUGUUCCACAAUUGGCUCUACAGUGCAGACAAAUAAUCCUCUAGGAAGAAUGCUUUGUGCUGUUUAAGUUGAGGUUUUAUCAUAGAUACAGGCAUUAAUCAAGAAGUUCCACCACAGUGCUUCCAGUACGGCCUGUAGGACAUAUCAGCAAAUGUAACUGUCUCCAAGAGUUAGGUGUGUAAUGAAUUAAAUACUAAUUUUCUUAUUGCAACCACUAACGGUUGUGAGCCAAAACUCAAAAAUGUUGAGAUUAAGAAAAAAAAAAAAGAAAGAAAGAAAGAAAACAAAAUCCUGUGCUCGAUUUGCUUCUGCUUGCUUUCCAGGUUUUUCUCUACAACCAGAAAUAUGUGACAAUCAGUAAUUUUUAUUUUUUAACAAAUCUGGAAUUCUUAAAAAAGGAGAAAGAUAAAGAAAGAAAGAAAGGAAGAGGAAAAAAAAAAAAGAGGAUUUCAUUCCAGGAGCUGAAAUUUGCAGGAAAGUCCUGCAUAUCAUAGGAAAACUAUGAGUUGACAAAAUCAUUACAUCUAAGCCAAAUUUUUGCAUUUGAUAGGAAUAAACCAUGCAGAUUUGUGCUAUGCCUCCAGCACUCUCACUGUCAGCCACUCUAGCUUAUCUAAUCAUAGCAAUUACAGACUCAUUGCAUCAGCUGUUGCAGAGAUUUAUGAAGCUUGUGAUUCAGAUUCUGUUGGUGUUAGUGGAACCAGCUUAUUUUCUUGGAAAUAAUUUAGUAUAUGAAAAGAGGGCAAAGAAAAGUUUUCAGUAAGUACAGUGCCCACAGAUGCAGUAUAUCCUUAAACUGAGCUUUCCGCUGAUAAGUAGGAAAUGUUGUAUAUCAAGUGUCUUAUUAUUUUCCUUUAGAUUACAAGAGGGCUUUUUGACACUUUGUAUUGUAGAGGAGUAGUGUGUUUUUCAUUUAUUUCUAUUAGUUUACAUCUGAGACUUUGAAGAACCCUUAUCUCCUUUCUGGAACAGAUUGACCUGAACAUACCUGAUCUAUGAGUUCUGUCCCUGUUUCAUUCCCUGAAUGCUUCUC